UUGGGUGCGCCGUGUAUUCAAUCACACUGACCUCUCACACCGAUCCCGAACAACGAGCUUUAAAUAUCAUCGACCUUUUGUUGACAACGUGACCCAGCCCAAACGAGAAAAAAAAUGGCGCUCACAGAACAACUAGGCCAUGGCAACGAGAAAAAGGCGCGUGUACCGGUAUCAUGAAAUAUUUACUAGUACCAGCACAGCGUUUUUGGAAAGGACUACCGACGACGUUUCUAAGCAUGGACUCGGACUCGCUCGGUCGACUGCCGAGGGUGACGUUACAGAGACUAGGACUCGCCAUGUCCUUCCUGGUCCUACUGAACUUCUUCCUCAGUUUCCAAGACGUCGUGAAGGUAGAGAUACGUCUCAGAAGACGCGAGCAUACCUGGCUGACGUACCACAGAGUUAACGAUUCUGGCGAUCUCAAGUCUUACAACAAAACAUCGUCCAACAAUCGCUCCCGGGAUGCUUUGCGGCCCAAGUAUCACACCGUUGAGUCUCUGAUGGCGCCAAUCGACGUCAGCACUUGGAAAGUAAACAGCACAGAAGUACAGCACUGGAGACGAUACAUCACUCAGUAUUUCGACCCGGAAAAAGACUUCACCGUUCUGAAGUCCCAGUACAAAGUGGGAGAUACCGUGAAGUACGAGGUUUCCGUCCGGGACAGAUGUAACAUCACGGAGGAACUGCACCGCAACAUGCCGGAAGUCAACCCUUUGGCGGGAAAGCGCUUCCGGAAGUGCUCCGUGGUGGGGAAUUCUGGGAUACUUCUCAACAGCGGCUGUGGUCGCGACAUUGACUCGGCCGACUUUGUCAUCAGGUGUAACUUGGCCCAAACCCUGCCCUACGUCCAUGACGUCGGCAUUAAACACAGCCUGACGACCAUGAACCCCUCGGUGAUGAGUCACGACUACAGGUAUCUGGACCAGAACGAAACCGUCAAGGCCAGGUUCGUGGACAGACUGCGACAACUCGGGGACUCCAUCUUCUACCAGUUCGCCUUCGUCAACAAGAACGGCAGGGAUUACAUGCAGUGGACCAACGAGAUCAUACUCAACGAGAGUCUACCGGUUAGAAGCGUCUUUCCACCGCGGAAUUGCAACGGUUUGAUUAGAAAAGUUUGGAGCAGGACGAGAGAGUUCCAGUUCAAGCGUCCUUCCUCAGGCAUGUACAUGAUCACGGUGGCUCUGACAAUAUGUGACGAGAUCCACGUCUACGGCUACUUUCCCUUCAAGGAGGACCACCGCGGCAACCGGCUAAGGUACCACUACUACGACCACAGGCGGUACGCAACGGGCGGUCUACACGCCAUGCCGGAGGAGUUCCGGGCCCUGAGGAUGCUGCACGACAGAGGAGUCCUCAGACUCCACAACGACAGAUGUAGACAUUUACCUGAUUAGGCCACAGCAAGUAAUUAUUAUGGAUGUCAUCAACGCGCGCAUUAAUUUUUGCCU